AUGAAGAACUCUUCUACUGUUAAAGAAUUCAUCUUGAUAGGAUUUUCCAGUUCCCUUGAAAAUCAAAUGCUCAUCUUUUGGACUUUCGUCCUCAUCUACGGAGUGGCUUUGCUGGGAAACUUCCUAAUCGUCCUUGCCAUCAGUGUCUGCAGGAAACUUCGCACGCCCAUGUACUUUUUGCUCAUCAAUUUGUCUAUCAUAAAUGUAUGUUCAAUUUCUGUGAUAGUUCCAAAGUUACUGCAGAUUCUUUUAUCCCAGAGAAAGUCCAUUGUGUUCUCUGGCUGCAUUGCACAGGUAUUUCUCUUCACAUUGACUUUAGGAACUGAACUCCUGCUUCUUGCAUUUAUGGCUUUUGACCGUUAUGCUGCUAUUUGCCACCCUCUCCAGUAUACAGUCAUCAUGAGGAAGGACGUUUGCUUUGGGACAAUGGCUGGGCUGUGGCUGAUAGGCAUAAUAAAUUCCUCAGUUCAGACAGGACUUGUACUACAGCUUUCCUUCUGUGAUUCCAACAUCAUCAAUCAUUUCUUCUGUUAUCUGCCACCAAUGUUCAAGAUCUCCUGCUCAGACACAAGCCUGAAUGAAAUCAUGGUUUUUGCAGCUUCCAUUGUCAUUGCCAUAGGCAGCUGUGCCCUGACAUUCCUAUCUUAUUGGUUUAUACUGAGGACCAUCUUCAGAAUCCGUUCCACAGAAGGAAAGAAGAAGGCCUUCUCCACAUGCUCUUCGCAUCUCUUGGUUGUCAGCUUUUACUAUUCCACCAUUAUCUAUACGUUCCUUCGUCCUGCUUCAAUGUACUCUCUAGAGGAAGACAAGGUGAUUGCUAUUAUUUAUUCUGUGGUGACUCCAGUCCUCAAUCCCCUUAUAUAUUCUCUGAGAAACACUGAUGUUAAGAAAGCUCUCAGAAAAUUCAUUGCCAGAAAAUUCUUCCAGCAAGUUAUGUCUUAA